AUGGAGAAAGUGAAGCAGCAUGAGGUGCUUCUGACCACCAACAUCUGCUUGGUUGGAAUCCUCCUGUGGAUCCUUUGCAGCUACAUCGGUGCUCUUCUUGCUGUUCUCGCCGUCCUAUUUCUUUUGUUUCCCGAGGUUCGUCGCGGAAUCCUGGCCACUCCACAGCAAGACAAAUCGAGGCCUCGAAGCGCCUGGCUAGAUCGCCAGAAGCAUGGAGAGCACACCAUACGCAAGAGAACGAGAGCCGAAUUCAACUACAGAGGCGGCAUUGCUCGAUCUGGGCAUACCAAGGCUGGGCUCUCCCCACAUGCACGCAAUGCAGGGAGAGGCCCCAAACGCUUCAACGAGUUUUCUCCCGAAGAAACGCUAGCUUUGCCACCACGUCUCGAACUUCGGUUCCACCUGCGUCCGUACGGCGCCGACGGCAGCUGUAGUUCGGACCGUCCAGGCAGCAGCGGUUACUUUUACGACUACGCCACCAGUAGCGAGGAUGUCUGCUCUAACAUGCUUCAAGUCGCACAAUGUCCAGCAGAAGCCUCGUCCCACCGGCGUCCGCCUAAGGGGGAAGAGAGGGCAAGAAUCGUCGCUUGGCUUCAGGGGGUCGCCCAGGAAAUGCCUUCAGGGUGGCUGCCCCGCACUGCACCGGACUUUCCACUGCGCCGCCACAAGACUUUGCCCCAGAGCGGACCACCAUGCUAA